AUGAGUAGUUUCACAAAGAGUACAUCUUUCAAUAGAAGAGCGUUGAGUUCUUUAGCUAUAGAAAGUCCUAGAAGCUCAUCAAGUGCAUUCAAUAGUCCUAUUGGUUCAGCUUUCUCAAGCCCUAGAACACAUAACUUUGGAGGAAGUCCAAGACCGUCGUCUACGAAUCGGUUAAAAGAGAUUUCGUAUUUGUUUCAGGCGCUUAUUAUUGCCGGAACUAUUGUUUCGUUUCUUGUUAUCAUUGCUGGUGGUUAUUUGUAUGUUGUUCCUAGCCUUGGUCAAACGUUCUUGGGUUAUAAUGGAGCAUUGCAGUUUAAUAGCUCUGUUAUGGAUGAUAAGGAAUGCGAUGUUUUCAAUGGGAAUUGGGUCGUUGAUGAUAACUAUCCGGUGUAUAAUGCUUCCGAGUGUCCGUUUUUAGAGAAAGGGUUCAAUUGUUUAGGAAACGGGCGUGGAAGCGAUGAGUAUUUGAAGUGGAGGUGGAAGCCUAAGCAUUGUAAUGUUCCGAGAUUCGAAGUUCGUGAUGUGUUGGAGAGGUUAAGAGGUAAAAGGAUAGUUUUUGUGGGAGAUUCGAUGAGUAGAACGCAGUGGGAGUCUUUGAUAUGUAUGUUAAUUACGGGUUUGGAAGAUAAGAGUAGUGUUUAUGAAGUCAAUGGGAAUAAUAUAACGAAAAGGAUACGGUUUUUGGGUGUGAGGUUUAGUUCCUUCAAUUUUACUAUUGAGUUCUACCGUUCGGUUUUCUUGGUUCAGCCUGGGAAGCUGCAUUGGCAUGCGCCAAAACGUGUUAAGUCGACUUUAAAGUUAGAUGUUUUAGAUGUUAUUAACCACGAAUGGAGCUCAGCGGAUUAUCUCAUAUUCAAUACCGGUCAAUGGUGGGUGCCUGGGAAGCUUUUCGAAACUGGUUGUUACUUUCAGGUAGGAAACUCAUUGAGGCUCGGAAUGUCAAUUCCUGCAGCGUAUAGAGUAGCAUUAGAGACAUGGGGAUCAUGGAUACAGAAUUCAAUUGAUCCUAACAAAACCCGUGUUUUGUUUCGUACAUUUGAGCCAUCGCAUUGGAGUUUUAGUGGACAUAGAUCAUGCAAUGUGACAAAGUAUCCAACCCCAGAUACUCAAGGAAGAGACAGAAGCAUAUUCUCUGAAAUGAUCAAAGAAGUAGUUAAGAACAUGACAAUACCGGUAACAAUAUUGGAUGUAACUUCGAUGUCAGCAUUUAGAAGCGAUGGUCAUGUCGGUUUAUGGAGCGAUAAUCCGUUGGUACCUGAUUGCAGUCAUUGGUGUCUACCUGGAGUUCCUGAUAUUUGGAAUGAAAUCUUACUCUUCUUCCUCUUUAGACAACAAGUUCAGUAA